GAUUUGUCCAGUUUGUCUUCAUGCAGGCUCCCAUCACUGCCUCUUCGGAAACUUCCAUUUUCCCGUCAGGGAAGUCAGUGUUCUGUGUCAUCAGGUGUCUACUUCUGUCUGCGUACUGCAUGUAUUCCCCGGUACAAUCUUUCCGUGGGAGUUGGUAAUUAUUCCUAAUGAACUCCGUUGCGCAUCCCACGUCAUUAGUCCCGAUAGGCAGAUACACACACUAGGCCCUACCGGCGAUCAUCCAGGUGGAUUUUUGUUUGCUAUAAAUACGGAUGGGAAGCAAAGCAAUGCCAGUAUUCCUCUCUCCACAAUCGGACGCCAAAUUCCACAAAAACGUUGACGUUGAUAGAACACAUGAGCUUGACUCUGAUAUUUUGGCGGAACUAACGUCGAUGCUCUCUUGAUUUGCACGGGCCUAAGCCUGCAGCAUUUGCCGCAAAUUGAGAUACCAAGAUAAGAAAUCUACCUGAGGUUCCAGAAGUUGUUUAGCCCGUCAAUCGUCUUCAGCUAGCCUGCUUUACAAGUCAUCAACUGAUCGAGUUUUAGCCAUCUUUUUCUUCGGCUUUCCUCGAUCAUAUUAGUCCGGAAACCAAAGCGGUUCACCUCAGCAACAGUCAUGGGGAGCGGUUCAAGCUGUUACCCGACCAAGGAUCACAGGGCAUCCAUCGAACACGAGCCGUAUGAUGCCAAGCGCCUGCUGUCCGAGCUCAUCACCGUGCAGACAGCCAUCGUCCUAUCGGACGAAAUCACGGACCACAAGGGGGACUUCAGGGCUUCCGACCAGCCGCGCAAGAGCAUCGAGUACACCAUCACGACCUCGCUGACCGUGCCCACCGUCACCAUCUCGCACGGUCACCAGGAGGCGAGGCGCGAUCUGAGCCCCUCGGGACUGGAGUUUCAGGGCGGGGCCCUGAUGGACAUCCUAACGGCUCACUUCAAGCACAGGGUGGACGUGGUGAAGUGUGACAACGGCAUCAUGCCCAGCAUUCAGGAAGCGUCGGAGAUCAGCACCUGUUAAACUAUAAUGCAUAACAGUUAAGCUCUUCAAGGGACAUGCAAUCUUGGUUUUAACUUACAAGUUAAAACACGCACAGUGUCGGACACUGUGCGUAGGCCUAUCCGACGCUCGAAAUAUGCGCAGCUUUUACGGUUCAAGUGAGACACUUCAUCAAGUGCUUAUACGCGUGAUCUUUCAUUGAGAACAAACUGUCGACCGAAGGAGGACGAUGAAAGCAACUGACUCCGUAAGCAAGAGCUGCACAUUUGUGCCGUUGAAGAGAGUACGUCACCGGUUGCAGACAAUUAAAGCGUGUAAUCGGAUGGCGAACCUGAGGACAUUGCCCUUUCUAUUUUUGAUAGCUCAUGCCAAAAAAAAAUUUCAGACGGUAUUUUUCUGAAACAAAAAAGCCAUUGUAAUGCUCACUACGGCCGUAAUUUGAAUAGGUUAUCACGCUUGGCAGAUUGUUUAGAACAACGAUCCUGUUAUGACACGCAUCAUGUAUUCAUUAUUUUGGAGCUUUUGGUAAUACUAUAUAGCAAUUUACCACCAUCAUUAUUGUCAAAAUCAAAGUGAUCUUUUGCAUAUUGAAAUAUGCACAAUUGUACUUGCUGUUGACAGUCGCAUUUUGAUGUUCCGAGUGGCCUCAGGCUUACUACACAAUUUGAGUAAACGUUUUUGUAACAAAAUGUAAAAACUGUUUAUUUGUAAGCCUUUAUGUUAAUAUUUUAAUAUCUUAAUUUUUUUAUACGAAAGGCACACGGAUAUCUUUGAAAAGAAGGUAUACACAAAAUAAUGUUAGUUAUCAAUUUCUUCCUGUACUGAAAACUGCCGUACCUAGCUGUCACUCAGUCAACGAAAACGUGUCUUUUUGAAGUACACACUUCUAUGAAAACGUAUCCGGGGCAAUGAAAUACUCAACCGUCAGUUGGUCGGGAAAAACAGAAUCAAUCACAAUGUAAUUAUUAGUGGAGUGUGUUCUUCAUAAUAAUAUGAUGCCAUGCUUCAAUUGAUGGAUAUACUUGCAGACUGUAUUUUGGAAAGUCUGAUUUUUAUGAGAGCUUUUCUUUCUUUUUUUGAAAGGGUUUGUGCGUGCUUUUUUUUUUUUUUUUAGGGAUUAUCGAUCUUUAAAAGCAGCGUAUACACACGCACGCACGCUUAAAAGAAAUGCAUUUUGUUCUACUUUGAUAUUUCAUCAAGAAAUUGUCAUUUUUAAUUUAAUGAGAAAUUUGUGUCGUAACUUUGAACGAAUAUACCAAAUUUUGAAAGAAACACUUAGAUACCACCGAAUAUUUACGCUUGUAUUUUCAAUUGUUUCACUAAAAAUAAUACCAAUUGAAUUGAUGUGCACAUGCAGGACAUGUUAAGAUGGUAGUGUGCCCAAAGAAGUGCCCAUUUUGAUGGAAAUAUAACUCAAAUACAGUUUUGAA